AUGGCGGGUGUUGUUCCAACCGAAAUGUCCGCCAAUAGUCCAAGACGCACCGCCCAAUUUGCACGCAAUGCUCAAGGUGGAGAAAAUACGGAGAUGAAGACCGGAAUCCUCCAACUUGUUUAUGCAAAUCCAUUCACCAGAAUGGAUCAUGAGGAUCCUUUCGCACAUCUCACCAAAUUUUACGAGAUUGCGGGUUCAACGGGAGUUGAUGCGGCGAAUGAAGAAUCAUUGUUCAAGAGGCUAUUUCCACAUUCAUUAAUUGGGAAAGCUAAAGAAUGGUAUCUUGAUCAAUUACCAAAUGUGAUGGUGGAUUGGAAUCUAUUGGAAGAAAAGUUUUUAGAACGAUAUUUUCCUCAAUCCCGAUUCAUGGAGGCCAAAACGGCAAUCGCAGUGUUCAACCAAGGAAGCAAUGAAUCUCUUAAUGAAGCGUGGGAAAGAUUCAAAUCCAUGCUUAGAAAAUGCAAGGGUCAUGGUCAAGGUCAACAAUCUCAAGGUGGAAGCUCAAAGUUGGAAGACACUCUUACACAAUUCAUGCAAGCAUCCAUGGCUAAUCAAAGGAGUAAUGAAGCGGCCAUAAAGAAUUUAGAAAAUCAAGUGGGUCAACUUGCAAAGCAAUUGUCCGAGCAACAACCGGGAGCAUCCUUUUCCGCAAACACCCAAACCAAUCCAAAGGAGCAUUGCAAAGCCAUUUUUACAAGAAGUGGGAAGGAGGUGAAUAGUGGCGUAAAUGAAGAGGUUAUAGUGGAAGAUGAGGAGGAAAUAAUAGUUGAAGAUGAAGAGGAGGAAGUGACAGUUGAAAAUGAGGGAGAAAAGAGUGAGGAGAAAGUGGAGGAAGAAUUAGUUGAAAAAGAGCGGAAAGAAAAAGAAGGAAGAGAGAAAAAUGACAAAAAAGUGAAUAGGAAUAAAAAGAGAAAUGAGAAUAUGCUCACAAAGAAAAAGAAGUACACGGAUGAAGAGACGGUUGUGCUUGAUGCUCAUUGUAGUGCAAUUAUUCAAAAAACUCCCCCAAGAAAGGAAGCCGAUCCGGGACGAGUCAUUUUACCGAUCACCAUUGGAGGUAACUACAUUAGUAAUGGUUUGGUUGAUUUGGGGUCUAGCAUCAAUUUAAUACCUUUAUCCGUUGUCAAGAGAUUGGGGAACAUUGAGAUGAAACACACCAGGAUAACUUUACAACUAGCCGAUAAGUCUAUCAUUUCACCAUAUGGAGUUGUACAAGACAUGCUGGUAAAGGUGGACAAAUUUUUGUUCCCGGUUGAUUUUGUGGUAGUCGACAUGGAGGAGGAUCUUGAUGUGCCAUUAAUACUUGGAAGACCAUUCAUGAAGACCACCCGAAUGAUGAUUGAUAUCGAUGAUGGGAUUAUGAAAGUAAGGGUGCAAGAUGAAGAGGUAAUUUUUACUCUUUUUGAGUCUAUGAAGCCUCAUAAGGAUGAACAUGACAACUUUCGAAUCAAUGAUGAAAAAGGAGAAAUCAUUCAGGUGGCAAAUCAAAUUCACAAGGACAAGGACAAGGCAAAUCAUGAGGGAAAAACUCAUCACAAAAACUUUAAAGUUGGACAAAUGGUGCUUGUGUGCAAUUCAAGACUCAAGGUGUUUCCUAGCAAGUUAAAGUCAAAGUGGUCGGGGCCAUUUGUUGUGAAAGAGGUGCGAAAUUAUGGAUCCAUUGUGGUGGAGGACCCUAAAACACAAGAAAGCUGGACUGUAAAGGAACAAAGACUCAAAGGCUACCACGAUGGAUAA